CUUAGACGCAGACUGUGCCAGCACAACCUCGCGAUUUGAGCCACGAGUACCACUCUUGACAUCCACGCUGGAGCAAAAAGAGAUACCAUCGCUACUGUCCCUUACCUAUCCAUGAUGCCCGGUUUCAGAGAUGGCACCAAUGACCGACUGCCGUCGUCACUGCAUCUAUCCCACGACCAGUUCGAAUCACUCUGGCCAUACUGUCCCAUUCGACUAUCCAAACCCAACCAAGACGCCUCAGGAACUCGAAAGUCCUGCCAGACGAAACACAAAGCAAUCUCCCAUGUCAUACAGCAUCUCACCCGGGAACAUGGCAUUAUUCGCUCCGCACCCCACCACAACGUAGGGGAAACGACUGGCAAAGAAGCCGGACAGAGCGCAAGCAAGGGGGCAGACCAGAGGAAGUACUUGGUUCAGUGUGCCUGGUACGACGGGACCUCUGCUCCCGACACAGCGUCCAAAUGCCGCAAGUGCAAUAGAAUUGCGGACUGGUCUGACGAGGAGCUCGAUGAAUAUCGACAGGAGCAUUCGGGACCAGCUCUGUGCGUCAGAUGCUACCAAGUCUUCCACACCAGGACGGCUCUGCGGGCUCACCUGCGCGAAAGCGAUCUCUGUCCGAACCGAGGACCGAGAUUGGGAAAGCCGAACAAAGCCGGGAUUCUCUACCAAGCCUUUGUGUCUGCCGAUGCUGCACCAACAUGGAGACCACCCUCAGGCUCGGAAGGAGCAUCCGCCUACUUUCAAGUUCAGGCCGUCCGAGACACUCGUAUCCCAUCCGUCCCUGCUUCGACUUUUACUUCCACGCCUUCGAAGACUGCAUGGAAUUCUACUCCGUCUUGGUCUGCUGUCUCGACGGCCGCUUCAGCUCAGAGCAUUGUUCCAACCCCUUCGUGUCCCCCGGCGACCCAAAACAACUCUGCUCGAGUCAUCGGCGCAUGCUGGCCCGGCUGGCCGGCGCAAGAGGAGUCCGUGGAUGAUAUGCUCACAGACAACUUCAGUCCCGGCAGAAUGCAGCACGGCUUUGGGGACAUGGAGUCUACCGCCCUCGUACCUGAUAUUGCCGGUGAGGUCGAUCGGGACCUAAUUGGCCCAGAUUUCACCUGGCAGGAGCAGACGAUACAGCCCAUCGACACCGAGACUGCGCCAGUGGACUGGGUAACGACAGAUCCUGCCUGGAUGUAUUGGACGAUCUCUCUUCCGAGUUCUGGGCCGGACCCACCGCUGAUGAACCUGUCAGCCUAAGUAUGCCUACCGGGCUUCCAUGAUCCAAUGGGAUCUUCGGUGAACUUGAAUGGACCACAGAACGGUGCCACCCCAACCCCGCAGGCCACCAGCAACCUUCAUGGGCUUUGUCUCCCAUCGGAGGAUACUGAUACUCUGUCAAACGAUGAGUUGAGGCAGAAGCUCGUCCACACUCCGCAGUGAGGGUCCAGGAGAGCAACAAUCCAAGGAGCAGCGAUAAAUUUCUAGGUGAGUGUUUCCCUCUGCUUCGGCAUUUACAAUCAACUAAGAUGAUGCUGACGCCCGCC